AUGUAUCCAGCCAAAGAGUGGUUUGAUUACCUUCAAUCAAAUACAUGCAUCCUGUCGACCAUUUUUAUCAAUAGCUUGGAGAUAUUUUUCGUCAUAAGUGGUUUCUUGUUAACUGACUCGAUAUUAACGAAUAAGGACAAUGAUGAGACGAAUUAUUUUACAUUCAUUUUGAAACGUUCGUUUCGCUACUAUCCUGGUUUGAUAUUGAUGUUCCUAUAUAUGUAUGUAUUCGGUGAUCUGGAACAAUCUUAUCCACAUAAUUUGAAAUCUACGGUCUCAAACUAUCUCGUUCAUCUGCUAUUCUUGUUGAAUUAUACCAACCUUGAUCAUUGGUUUUAUACAUUACAUGUCCACUGGUCAAAUUGUCUCGAUUUCCAUGUAUAUGUUGUACUGUCUCUAAUACUUCGACAAUUGUGGAUUAAAUAUAAAUUAACCUUAAAUCAAAUCAUGCGAAUUUUAAUUGGCGUGCUUCUGCUAUCUGUCGCCAUCUGCUAUUAUUGUUUUGAUUCAUCAAUAGAGGUGGUGAAGAUGGGCGUGCAAGUGCAUCCACUUGAUCACAUAACUUUUGAAACAUCGAAAGCGUUAUUUGACACUUAUAACUUACCACUUCCGCAAAAUGAUUCGCAUUCGAUUGAUCAUGAGAGGUUGUCAAACUUUAUGAAGUUUUACCUUGCUUCUCAUAUGCGCUUUGGUAGUUUCAUAACUGGCUCGAUUUUGGCUGUUAAGUUAUUAAUUAAUAAAAAAGAAAACUUUGUCAACGGCAAUAGAAUCAAAAAGUAUCUCUAUUGGGCUUUAUCCCUGUGCUUAUGUAUAAUGUUAUUUAGCACACGUCCAAGCAUGGAUUUACCAAGGCCACCCAUAGUGUUAAUUUGCUCAGUAAGACAACUCCUCUCAGUUGCUAUAGCAUACAGUUUGUAUACAACAUUGGUGGAUGAAAAAUCCGUCUAUUACAACGGAUAUUUAAAUCAAUUUUUAUCUUCGAAAUUUUUCAAACCGUUCUCAAAACUAAGUUAUUUGGUUUAUUUAAUUCACUGGCGUCUUGCAUUUGAUCUGGUUGGUCGUACGCCACUGAAAAAACUCAUCAAUUACCAUGUUGAUACAGCUGCACUCAUUUGUUUUCCAUUGGUCUUGAUUAUAUCAGAAGCAGUUGCAUGUUGCUGGUAUUGUCUUAUCGAACAACCGUUUAUUAGAUUGACAAAUGCAGUACUAAUAACAUCGAAGAAGAAUAAAUAA